AUGAGCAUCACAGAUGUCCUUAGUGCUGAUGACAUUGCAGCAGCCCUGCAGGAGUGCCAAGACCCGGAUACUUUUGAACCCCAAAAAUUCUUCCAGACAUCGGGCCUCGCCAAGAUGUCAGCCAGUCAGGUGAAGGACGUUUUUCGUUUCAUAGACAACGACCAGAGUGGGUACCUGGAUGAAGAAGAGCUGAAGUUUUUCCUCCAGAAGUUUGAGAGUGGUGCUAGAGAACUGACCGAGUCAGAAACCAAGUCCUUGAUGGCGGCUGCAGAUAAUGACGGAGACGGGAAAAUUGGGGCUGAUGAAUUCCAGGAAAUGGUACAUUCUUAA